UCGAAGAGUGAACCCAAGCUUCAGAUAAUGUGGAACCCAGGUUACAUAUGAUAGGUUACCCCCAUGGGUCUGUGCUUCUUUUCCUCCGAAGCUUCAUGCAUCUACCGACUUAGCUGCUCUCCAUGCCCAUCCCUGCAGCAUAUUACGUUGACUUGCACUACUAUCUUCUUGAGAAUCAAGCUACGGCCGGGGAGCAAGCGAUACUCUCCAUCGACCAUUCACCCCUUACCUCUAGGGUCCCAAGAAGCCUUCUUCCAAGUUGAUUUACAUCAAUUGAAUGUCGGUCCAAUUUUCCAAUGCAUGUUGUAUAAAUAUGUAAUGGCCGUAAUUUGCGUGCUCAGUUUCAUUUCUGUUCACCGUGGCCAAGUUGAAAAGGCUGUGGUGCUUGAGCUAGCACUCCACCUCUAUAUCCCCAAGACAGGUGACCUGAGGGAGUGUUCGUCUAAAACACUGAACCCACAGAUCCAUUAGCUAUCAUGUCGAAUCACCUUGGGGGCCAUCUCCUCGCCACUUCAAAUGUGAAGCUUGGCAGAAGGGAGCUCGAGCAUCUAUUGAACAUGGUUCUGGAAAUAUCAACAUAUCACAUGUAGAUAACCAGCGCAAAUCAGAUAAGCUAGGGUAGUCUAUGACUUGACAUGGGACCGUUGCCUUCAUCGUAAAGGUUACGAAGAGCAUCGCGACAAUCUAAUCCGACUAUCAAGUGAUAUAAUUAGGCCCCGUACUUCCCUCGUUACGUUCUAUUGCCAAAUUAAGGAUCUUGCAGGACCCCAUGAUUAUAUGGCAACGUUACUGCCCAGUGAUCAUUGGCUCUCAACUGCUAUAGUUUACAAAGACAUAUCUUGAACCAGACUUGACCCAAACAUCGGAGGUUAAAAGCCCUGAUC